CUAAAAUCGAAAGAAAUGGAAAACAAAGUCUCCAUUACUGGAUGCAAAGGUUUUGUCAUCAUGAUGAUUGUCUACGCCUGAGUUGGAUUUCUUACUCUUUUAGUUCAGCUCUGGUAUUCAGCCAUGUUCUUCAAAUUUUAUGGAUUUAAAAAUAAGCUAAUAACCAUGUUUAUGAUCUUUCUGGCUUUAUCUCUUAUCUGAGACAUUAUCUAUGGAGCCUCACAAGCCUAUCGCUGAUAUUUAGAUGGUUGAACCGGCAUUGAUCAUUAUUGCUUAGGUUAUUGGACUGAUUGGAUAAACUAUUAUAUGUACAUGAGCACGAUUAUAGUGCUUUCAUUCACUUAUAUUUCACAGAUACUAAAGUUUAACAACAGAGGAAAAAGAGAGAAACGUAUUUAUAACAUAAUUCUUUGGGCGACUCUGUUAGGCAUCCUGCUGGUCUUAAUGAUUAUAUUUGUUGUUGAUGGAGUGAAUACAUGAAGUAAAGAGCUAGACGAUGUCAAGAUAUUUACAACAGGAAUUCUAAUUAUGACAGGAUUAAAUAUGCUAACUGGUCUCUUCUUUAUGGUAACCUUGCUCUGCUUCUACAGAGCUCUUAAGAAGUUAGAUAAGAAUACCUACGGUGUAAAAUUGAGUAAAUAAACUCAGAUGGAGAAUAAUCAUUAGCAUCGUAGUGAUCGUUGUUGUCUUUGAAGCCAGGAGUGGCAUGAUUCUGCUAAGAAGUGUUUCCAAUUUUAUUGAUGAAUGGGAACAAGAAUCUUUGACUAAAAAUAGAACAUGGUAUGUUAUUUACACUUUCUGGUAUUAUUGUGUGUUGAGUCUGAUUCCUACAAUGGUUCAGAUCUAUUUAAUAAAGCUUAGUCUAUCUACAACUCCAAGAGUCAGCGUUGGAGUAGAUGAACAUCAUGGCCAAUCAGACGCUUUGAUUCCUAACAACUUUGGAGUAUCCUUAAGCCAGGAGAGUGAAUCAUUUAAAACAGAGGAUUUUAGAGAAAUUUCCAAUACUACUACCUAACCUUUAUUAAUUUCCACCCUAUUCAAACCUUCUGAAC